AUGACGGAGGACAAAUGCCCCCAGCUGGUGGACUACUUUGUGGUGGCGGGCCUGGACCCGGCGGGGGGGCCCUGGCGACCGCUGGACGACGACGGCAGGGCCGGCGCGCCCGCGGCCAGGGGAGCCGAACCCGUCACCGACCUGGCGGUGAUCGCCCGGGGCCUGGGCGAGGAGGUGCCCCAGGGUUUCACCUGCAUCGACAAGUCGCUGGGCGGUCACUCGGCCGAGCUGAGCGGGGGCCUCAUCAACAACCCGCGGCUCUACCUCUGCUACAGGAGGGGCCGCGACAAACCCCCCGUCCUUGACAUCGGGGUACUGUACGAGGGAAAGGAGCAGCUGAAGGCGGGCUGGUUCGUGAUCGAGACCACGCCGUACAGCCGCUCGGCAAGCCUGAGUUCAGGCGCCGGCCCGGCGGCGCACCGCGUCUUCCUGACGUACCGCCGCGCACCGGACGGCGCGCGGGACCUGCGCUCGCUGGGCGUCACCGACGUGGGCGUGCUGCUGCCCGGCAAAGGCGAGGUGGCGCCGCACACGUUCAGCCGCGUCGACAAGAACCUCAACCCCGGCAUGUGGGGUCCCGCCGUGUCGGUGUGCUACAAGCGAGCGGUCGCCAAAGCCAACGCUCUGGUCUACGAGGCGGGUCUACUGAGCCGCUACCCGGCCGACGACCUGGACGCCUUCCCGCUGCCCGACUCGGUGCCGGUCUUCUGCCUGCCCAUGGGCGUGUCCUUGGAGAGCUGGCCCGUCGACGCCAAGUAUCAGCUGCCCGUCUUCUCCACUUUUGUGCUCACCACGGCCAGCGGCGACAAGGUGUACGGCGCGGCCAUCCAGUUCUACGAGGCCUUCCCGAGAGAGGUUCUGUCGGAGCGCCAGAGCGUGCGUCUGGGCCUGCUCAGUGUGGUGGACCGCCGGCCCGUCCCGGAGCGCGCCCUCCGGGCCAAGAAGAGCAUCUGCGUGCUUUCGCACUGGCCCUUCUUCAGCGUCUUCCAGAAGUUUCUCACCUUUGUCUACCGAUACUCCGUCUCCGGACCCCACGUGCUGCCUCUAGAGAAGCACAUCUCCAGCUUCAUGCACAACGUUCCUUUCCCGUCUCCCCGGCGACCUCGCAUCCUGGUACAGCUUUCGCCGUACGACAACCUUCUUCUCUGCCAGCCCGUCUCCUCGCCGCUCCCCCUCAGCGGCGCCAGCUUCCUGAAGCUCCUCCAGAACUUGGGCCCGGGGAACGCGUGCACGCUUUUGCUGGCCGUGCUGACGGAGCACAAAGUUCUGCUGCACUCGCUGCGACCCGAUGUUCUGACGGCCGUCGGCGAGGCGCUGGUCUCGAUGACCUUCCCUCUGCGUUGGCUGUGUCCGUACAUCCCGUUGUGCCCGCUCCAGAUGGCCGAAGUGCUGCUGGCGCCCGUGCCCUUCAUCGUGGGCCUGCCCUCCAGCUACUUUGACUCCUACGACCCCCCCGCUGACGUGGUCUGCGUCGACCUGGACACCAACGCGGUCUUUCAGUCGGAGGACAAGAAGCCGUUGUCCUGGCGAUCGUUACCCAGGAAACCGGGAAAGCUUCUUUUCAACACCCUGUGUGACCUACACAAGACCCUGGAGCAGAUCUGCUCUCCGGGGCAGGAGGAGGCCACGCUGGAGUUCUUGCUGACGGACUUUGACCAGGUGUACCGGCGCCGGAAGCAGCUGGAGCUGGAGAUCCAGGAGGCCUUCUUGCGCUUUAUGAGCGUCCUGCUGCGGGGCUACCGCGCUUUCCUGCUCCCCAUAACGCAGGCGCCCUCCGACACUGCCACCGACUGCGGCUCCCUCUUCAACCUGCAGGGUUUCCUGAAAUCUCGCGAGCGCGCUCAGCAGAAGUUCUUCUGCCAGCUGACCCGCACGCAGAUGUUCACGCAGUUCAUCGAGGAGUGUUCCUUUGUCAGCGAGCGCCACGCCUGCCUGGAGUUCUUCGACGAAUGCGUCCAAAAGGUGGACGUGGAGAAGCCGGAGGAGGUGCGCUUGGUGGACGUGGACGACGGUCCCUGCGGCGAACGCACCGUUUUCAUCAUGCCGCCCGAGGAGCCCGCCGAGGAGGACCAGUGCCCGGCCCGCUACAGCUACGACACCUUUCCGGCCUUGAAAGCGGAGCUCUUCGAUCGGCCGCUGGACCGGCUCCGCCUCCCCGCUGAGGGCGGGGCGCCCGGUAGCCCCGCCCCCAGACGCACCAAGCAGGAGCUGAAGGUGGCGCAGCGGCGGGCGCAGACCUGCUGCGGCUCGGCGGACAUGUGGUGCAAGUGCCUGCUGGGUCACAUGUACGGCUUGUGGUUCAUCUGCCUGCCCGCCUACGUGCGCACGCAGAGCGUCAAAGUGGCCGCCCUCCACGCCGCCUACGACGUCCUCAAGCACAUGGAGGGCAGGAAGGUGCUACUGCCCGAUGAGGUGUGUUACAGGAUUCUGAUGCAGCUGUGCAGUCAGUACGGCCAGCCCGUGCUUGCGGUGCGUGUCCUCCUGGAGAUGAAGAAAGCCGGCAUCACGCCCAACACCAUCACGUACGGCUACUACAACAAGGCGGUCCUGGAGAGCAAGUGGCCGUCGACUCAUCGGGGCGGGCGCUUGCUCUGGGCCAAGCUGAGGAACGCGGUGCUGGCCGUGGCCCUUUUCAGGCAGCCCAUCAAACUGCGCGGCGACGGCCCGUGUCGGAACGCCGCCAAACGCCUAACCGGAGACUCUCCGUCGGCCGUCGCCCUCCCCCGCCUGUCUCUGAUUCGGCAGGCCAGCUGGAGCGGCCUGAGCCAAAGCUCUAGCCACGAUUCCCUGACGGGAUCCUUGGCCAAGAGCGGCAGCCUCGGCAGCAUCGAGGCGCCCGCGCGACCGGGGGACUCGGGCGACGGCAAGUCGGGCCGCCGCGCCCCGUCCGGCAAGCCUCCCUUGGGCGGCGUCCCGGUGCGUCGAAGCGACAUCUGCUUGUCCGGUUUCUACGCGGAAGCGGCGGAAAACGACAACGAGGAUGAAGAGGCCAGGUCUAGAAGAGCGGCGAGCGCUCACGACGCGGCGGCGGACCGGAACGACGACAAAGUGUCGCCGCGCGGCCUGGCGGGAAGGUUGCAGCGGCUCCUGACGCCCACGCGCCACAGAGCGGCGGUCCGACGCGCCGCCAGCGUGGACGAGCGCCGGCCCGGCUCGGGGGCUUCCGUCCGCCGGGCGUCCGAGCAGCGGCGCUCCAGGAAGGCUCGGGAGGCGGGAACGCCGCCGAAGGCCAAACAACGCCUCGCCGACGCCACCUCAGAGAGCUCGCUGUCGCCGAGCAGCGACGUGGACUCGGCGGACGCGCCCCGGCCUCAGCGCGACUCCUGGGAUGCCGAGCGAGACGACGAGGGAACGGAGGUUUUGAUGUCCAGCUGCUCCCGGUGUCGCUCUUGCGGAUUCUUGGUGUACGACGAGGAAAUCAUGGCGGGAUGGACACCCGACGACUCCAAUCUCAACUCCUGUUGCCCCUUCUGCGGCGCCUCUUUCGUCCCCUUCCUCACCGCGCACGUUCGGCGACCUGGCGGCGACGACGGAGUCACGCCUCCCGCGUGUAACGGCGCCUCUGAGACCGACGCGGCGAGCAGCGAGCCGGUGGCGGUGGCGUACGUCAGUCCGCUGGUUCUGCGGAAGGAGCUGGAAAGUCUGCUGGACCACGAGGGCGAGGCGGUGCUCGGGCAGCCGCAGUUCCUGGAGAGCCACUGCAUCAUCUUCUGGAAUCUCCUCUGGUUCUUCCAGCGCUUGGGCCUGCCCAGCCAUCUGCCGAGGCUGCUGCGUCCGGUCGCCCGCCCCCCGCAGUUGGAGGCCUCUCUUCGGGUGAGGCUCCUGUGGGACACCCUGACCCCGGACCCGGACUCCUGGCCCCCUCUCUACGUGCUGUGGCGUCUUCACAGCGGAGUACCCGUGCGCGAUUGGCGCCGCCACAACCACCCGUUUACGUUGUCCUUCCUGGAGGAGGUUCUACGCUGCGUGGGCAUGAACGAGGUGCACAAGGCCGUCACGCUCUUCCUCGACACGGUGCGCCGCCACGCCUGCGAGUCCGCCGCUCCGCCGCCGCUCCGCAGGAGCGUGUACCGAGAGUUGCUGUUUCUAACGCUGGCGGCGAUGGGAAAGGAUCACGCCGCUGCUUUCGACAAGAAGUACAAGGCGGCGUACUCGCGGCUGGCCGGCGUCCUUGGCAAAGAAGAGCUGCGCCGGCGGCGGGCGCAGCCCCCCGGCGCCAAAGCUAUCGACUGCAGACGGAGCUUUCAGCCGCCUCUCCAGUGCUGA